AUGGCGUCCGAAGAAAGUCCACUCCUGCAGGAAUCCUUGCUGGAACACGACAAGGUGUACGACCGUUUCACCGCCAGGCAGAAGCGGACGAUAGUCUUCGUCGUCUCCUGGGCUGCUCUCAUACCCUUGUUCGUGUCCGGCUCGUUCGUACCGUCCAUACCCCAGGUCGCGCGAGAGUUCGACUCGACAGGCUCGGUGGUAAAUCUCGCUGUGAGCUUGUCGUUAUUCUCCUCGUCCGUCAGCAGCCUGUUCUGGGCGACAUACUCUGGCUUCUACGGCCGAAGGCCGAUCUACCUCGCCUCCCUGCCGUGCCUGUGCAUCGGGUCGCUGGGAGUUGCAUCUUCCCACUCCGUGCCAAGUCUCAUGGCCUGGCGAGUCUUCCAGGCAUUCGGAACGUCGAGUGGCAUAUCUGUCGGCGCCGGCGUGAUUGGCGACAUCUACAGAAUAGAAGAGCGAGGGGCUGCUAUCGGAAAGUUUUUCGCGGCAAGUCUCCUGGGCGCCGCGCUGGCUCCUCUGGCGGGCGGACUGGCCACGCAUUAUGCAUCGUGGCGGGAUAUGCAAUACGUGUUGUUCGUCGCGGGACUUAUGGCGCUGGUCCAUGUCGUCGUAUUUCUGCCCGAGACGAGCCACCCAGGCGCGAGAGGUGUGGACAAGCUGUUGGACGAUGAUGAAGUUGCGCGCCCAAAGUGGGUGUGGCUGAACCCGUUCAGAUGUCUUGCACUCUUCCGUGGCCCGAGCAUUCUGGUUGUGACUCUCAUCGCCACUUGCGGCCUGUUGACCGAUUAUGUUCUGCUCAUUCCGCUGUCGUACACAAUCGGCGUCCGUUACCACAUCUCCAACGAGGCACUGAUCGGUGCUUUUUUCAUGGCUGCGGGGGUUGGAAACAUCCUUGGCGCGCCGCUCGCCGGGCGGAUAUCGGACGCGGUUGUGGUGAAAUGGCGCAAACGGCGCGCAGGCGCAUGGGUGCCAGAGGACCGGCUGCGUGCUACGCUUCUUCCCGGAGGGACGCUUGUGCCGCUGUCGGUGCUGUUCGCCGGACUGACAACGCAGUUCGUGCCUGGACGGCUCGGGAUUGUGCUCAAUUUGCUGUGCUUGUUCAUGAACGGCCUCGGGGUCGAUUUGACGCUCAGCCCUAUCAACACGUAUUUGGUCGACAUCAUGCAGAGCAGGAGCGCCGAGGUUAUCGCGGCGCACAAGGGAGUCCGACAUCUCAUCGUCGCGGUGGCUACGACAGGAAUCUUGCCACUGAUCAAUACGAUUGGGGUGGCGCGCACGAAUGCGAUCGCGGCUGUGAUUGCGUGGGUUGGAUGCGGACUUCUCUGGGUGACUGUCACGUAUGGCCCCCGUCCUCUUCCACUGAUUGGAAACAUCCACCAAUUCCCCUUCGAGUACCACCAGAAGGUGUUUGCAGAGUGGGGAAGGACAUAUGGCCCGGUCAUAUACGCCAAGAUCCUGCACAUGGACGUAGUCAUCCUCAAUUCGGUACAGGCAGCCGAAGACCUGAUGGAGAAGCGGGGCACGAUGUACUCGGACAGGCCGCAUUUCAGCCUGAUCACUGACCUCAUUGGAUGGGCCCCGAACAUGGCGCUCAUGCCGUAUACGCACCAAUGGCGCCGCCAUCGCAGGUGGUACCAAGCUGCGAUCGGGACGCAGCAGUCCCUCUCGGGCUACGGCCUGUUCCAAGAAAGAGAGUCCCUCAAGCUGCUUCUCAACUUGUUUGAAACACCGAGAUCGUUUAUAGCGCAUCUCAAAACGUUUCCCGGUGCUAUCAUGGAGGAGAUCACGUAUGGGCACCCCGCUGGGUGCGAUGGGUUCGUCACGCUUGCGGACAAGGCGAUGAACGAGCUGGUCGAGCUCGGUGGUCUGGCGGCGACCCUCAUCGACUUCAUGCCGAUAUUGCAGCAUCUUCCUGCAUGGGCGCCCGGCGCAGGAUUCAAGCGGCGCGCGAUCAAGACGCGCGUGUCGAUGCUCGACAUGAUGCAUACUCCAUAUGAGGCAGUCAAGAAAGAGAUGCUGACCGGAUCUGCGAAACCGUCGUUUCUGCGCGCCGUCCUCGAGGAGCACUCUCAGGGCCGCGAUCCGACACCAGAAGAGGAGGCUGAAAUGGAGUGUGCGUCCAGUCUGAUGUACUCGGCUGGCUCCGAGACGUCCAUGACCGUUCUCCAGACAUUCAUGCUGGCUAUGGUCAUCUAUCCGCAGGUAUUCCAGAAGGCGCAGGCAGAGAUUGACCGUGUAAUUGGCCACGCUCGUCUUCCUGAAUUUUCAGACCGAGCGUCGCUGCCAUAUCUCGAAUGCGUAUUGAAAGAAGUUUACCGGUGGAACCCCGUAGUACCUCUCGGUGUCCCCCAUCGAGUGGUGGAGGACGACGAAUAUAACGGCCUGCAUAUUCCCAAAGGAUCGAUGGUCGUCUCGAACAUUUGGGGGAUGACCAGAGACCCCGAGAUGUAUCCAGAUCCCGAGCGGUUUUGGCCAGAGCGAUUCGAAGGGAUGGGCGAGACGGAGUCCAUGCUGAAGGACCCGCGCAGGGUGGUUUUCGGAUUCGGUCGACGGAUCUGCCCUGGACGCCUGCUCGGGGAUGCUAGCAUCUGGCUGGCCGUAGCUCGGAUGGUCGCGACACUCGAUGUACGCAGGGCCCGCGAUGCGGACGGAACGGAAAUCACCCCUCUGCCUGCAUUCACGUCCGGUGCUGCUAGCCACGUCGUGGACUUUGUUUGCGAUGUUCGCCCACGAUCCCAGAGAGCUGUCGCGCUGGUUGAAGCGAUGGCGGCCACUGUAGCGUGA